UCCGCCACCACCCCCUACCAAUUAACUGUAUACCGAAUCUUCACACUGCCUUUGUAGGCACUAUUCUAUAUACUGUGGCCGACAAUGUCGUCCAAGGGUGAGACGGGCCCGGACGUCGACCGGGCGCCGCAAAUUGACACUAAAUUCGAACGCGAUGACGAUACCCUAUCGGACACAUCCUCAUCUCUGUCAUCGGACGAGGAACAGGAGCGACAGUCCUUGUCUCGCAUUGCCUCUAGCCGACUGGGCCAAGUGCUCUCCACUCAGGGGAAGGAUGACCCCCAGCUCGAUCCUAACAGUCCUGAAUUCGACCAUCGUCGUUGGGCCCAUUCCGUUCUGAAGUUAAUGCACCAGUCCGGUAUCGAACCACCACGACAAGGCGUCGUCUUCAAGGAUCUCCAGGUCUCGGGGUCCGGGUCAGCGCUUCAGUACCAAGAGACGGUCCUAUCCACGUUCACUAUCCCCUUUCGCAAGGCGUCUAGAGCGAUUUCGGGGCAGAAACAGGCCCCUCGUCGCCAGAUCCUGCGCGGCUUUGAUGGUCUCCUCGAGGGAGGAGAGCUCUUGCUUGUCCUGGGCAGGCCUGGAAGCGGAUGCUCAACGUUACUCAAGACCAUCUGUGGCCGCAUGGGCGGACUAUCCUUGGAGCCCGAAAGCACUAUACACUACAACGGAAUAGGGUAUGAGGAGAUGAUAAAACACCACCGAGGAGAUAUUGCCUACAACAAGGAGGUAGAUGAGCACUUUCCCCACCUCACUGUGGGCGAAACCCUCUCUUUUGCGGCGCAUGCCCGGGCUCCUCGACGACGUCUCGAGGGCAUGAGUCGCAUGGAGUUUGUCGAUACCAUGACCAAGGUGGUCAUGUCGAUAUACGGCCUCUCGCACACCGCUAACACCAAGGUGGGAGAUAAUUUCAUCCGUGGAGUUAGUGGAGGUGAACGGAAACGGGUUAGCAUUGCAGAGAUGUUUCUGUCUAACUGUCGCAUCGGUGCUUGGGAUAAUAGCACCCGAGGCCUCGAUGCGGCGUCAGCCCUGAAGUUUGUGAGGUCCCUGCGUCUCUCCGCCGACAUGAGCAACACCUGCCACGCUGUAGCUGCCUACCAGGCCUCUCAGUCAAUGUACGAACUCUUCGAAAAGGUGGUGGUCCUUUACGAGGGUUAUGAGAUCUACUUUGGGCCCACAGACGGUGCUGUGAAAUAUUUCCAGCGGAUGGGCUGGGAACGACCGGAGAAGCAAGUUAGCCCUGACUUUUUGACGGCCAUUACCAACCCCGCAGAACGAAAAGCCCGUCCUGGCAUGGAGGAGAAGGUCCCUCGGACCCCGAAGGAGUUCUCAGAUUAUUGGAAGCGCAGCCCUGAAUAUCAACAGUUGCGCAACGACAUUGGCAAAUAUGUACAAGAACACCCGCCAAAUAGCGAGGGGGCCCAGAUCCUCCGCCACACCCAUGAGGAGAAGCAGGCCCGGCAUACCCGCACAGACAGCCCAUAUCUGCUAUCCAUUCCGAUGCAAAUCCGGCUUUGUGUCCGGCGGGCGUAUCAGCGCCUGCGCAAUGAUUUGCCCACGGCGAUGUCAACAGUAAUCGUUCAGACCGUCCUGUCCCUGAUUAUCGGAUCUGUCUUCUAUAAUUCUCCCAAUACUAGCAAUGCAUUCUUCCAAAAGGGUGCUGUACUAUAUUUCGCCGUGUUGAUGAACGCGCUAAUUACUAUUGGUGAGAUCAUGCAACUCUACAGCCAGCGGUCCAUUGUGGAAAAGCAGGCCGCCUAUGCCUUUGUGCAUCCAUUCACUGAGGCUUUGGCUGGCAUCCUAGUGGAUCUGCCCAUUAAGAUGCUCCGGUGUUCUGUUUUCUGUAUCAUCCUCUACUUCCUAGCCAACUUACGCCGGGAACCGUCACAGUUCUUCAUCUUUUACAUGUUUUUACUGUGCGCCGUUCUCACCAUGUCGGGAAUGUUCCGUAGCUUGGCUGCGUUGACGCGAACGGUUGGCCAAGCCAUGGCACUUGCCGGUAUCCUUGUCCUAUGCAUCGUUGUCUAUACAGGGUUCACUCUGCCACAGCCAUAUAUGCACCCAUGGUUCUCCUGGAUUCGCUGGAUUAAUCCCAUUUACUAUACCUUUGAAUCACUAGUUGCCAAUGAGUUCCAUGGCCGGAAUUUCGAAUGUGCAUCUUACAUCCCAUCAUAUGGCACGGGCAACUCUUUCAUUUGCUCAGUCGUUGGUGCGGUGGCUGGGCAACGGUUUGUCUCCGGAGAUGAUUUCAUUGAACAGAAUUACCACUACUCAUACUCGCAUAUAUGGCGCAACUUCGGCAUCCUGAUCGCAUUUAUGAUCUUUUUCAACGCACUCUACUUAACAGCCACGGAAUUUAUCUCUUCCGACAAGUCCAAGGCGGAGGCAUUGGUAUUCCGGCCUGGUCAUGCUCCCAGAUAUCUCCAACAUGGUGAGGAUAUCGAGGCAGAGAAGGCGAAGGUUGCAACGGAGGUUCGGGCUGAUGCGAAUUCCAUCCGACUCCCUGAGCAAAAAGAUAUCCUGUCCUGGAAGUCUGUGUGUUAUGAUAUUCCCGUCAAAGACGGAACUCGCCGGCUGCUGGAUGACGUGAAUGGAUGGGUAAAGCCCGGCACACUGACAGCCUUGAUGGGCGUUUCUGGUGCGGGGAAGACUACCCUCCUCGACGUACUUGCCCAGAGAGUGUCCAUCGGAGUAGUCACCGGAGACAUCCUCGUUAAUGGUAAAGGUCUUGCCGCGAACUUCCCCCGUCGUACUGGUUAUGUCCAGCAACAGGACCUCCACCUUGAGACCACUACGGUGCGUGAGGCUCUACGCUUCAGCGCCAUGCUUCGUCAACCACGAUCCGUCUCUCAACGAGAGAAGCAUGAUUAUGUGGAGCAAGUCAUCCAAGUUUUGGGCAUGGAAGACUAUGCCGAGGCAGUGGUGGGCAGGCUAGGUGAAGGGUUGAAUGUAGAACAGCGAAAAUUAUUAAGCAUUGGCGUUGAACUUGCUGCCAAGCCCACCCUUUUAGUCUUCCUCGACGAACCUACCAGCGGGCUGGACUCCCAGAGCUCAUGGACGAUCUGCGCGUUUCUUAAGAAGCUGAGCAAUCAGGGCCAAGCGGUGCUUGCAACUAUCCACCAGCCUAGUGCUAUGUUAUUUCAAACCUUUGACCGCUUGCUAUUCCUUGCCAAGGGAGGAAAGACGGUCUACUUCGGUGAUAUUGGUGAGGACUCCCGCAUUCUGUUGAACUAUUUCGAACGCAACGGCGGCCGAAUUUGCAAGGAACAAGAGAAUCCGGCAGAGUACAUCCUCGAAACGGUCUCCGGCGAUGUUGAUAAGAACGCACCAGAUUGGGUAAAGGUGUGGAACGACAGCCCUGAGCAUAAGGAUAUCCUCGCGGAGCUUGAUCGAUUACACUCACUCCAAGGUGAAGCAGAUUCUCACUCUUCCAGCGUCGAGGAGGGGGCCAACAACGAAUUCGCGAUGCCAUUAUACAGCCAGCUCUAUCAUGUUCUCUAUCGGGUGUUCCAGCAAUACUUGCGCCAACCAGAGUAUAUAUUCUCGAAAUUCAUCCUAGGAAUAGUUUCCGGUCUAUUCAUCGGGUUUUCCUUUUGGAAAACCGACAAUACGCAACAGGGCUUUCAGAACUCCCUCUUUAGUAUUUUCUUGCUCUGCACAAUCUUCAACACUCUGGUCAACCAGAUCAUGCCCAAGUUUGUGGCUCAGCGCGCCCUCUAUGAGGUCCGUGAGCGGCCUUCACGCGUCUACUCCUGGAAGGUAUUCAUCCUCUCACAAAUGAUUGUUGAGAUCCCCUUCCAAAUCGGACUAGGUAUCUGCUCCUGGGCAUCAUUCUACUGGUCUGUCUUCGGUGCAGGCCAAGACUCUGAGCGUCGCGCCCUGAUCAUGCUUUUCAUCGUGCAGUUCUUCGUUUAUAGUGCGAGUAUGGCCCAGUUCGUUGUCUGCGCGAUCGGGGAACCCGCAUUGGCAUCCAUGCUUGCCACCCUUAUGUUCGGUCUUUCAUUCAUGUUCUGUGGUGUCAUGCAGCCACCCCCUGCCCUCCCCGGCUUCUGGAUCUUCAUGUACCGCGUCUCCCCUUUCACGUACUACAUUGGAGGUAUUGGUAGCACAGCCUUACAUGGCCGCCGUGUGGAAUGUAAUGCUGCCGAGCUGAGCGUUUUCGACCCACCUCAGGGCGAAACCUGCGGCGACUAUAUGGCUAGGUAUAUUGCGAAGGCCGGGGGUCAAUUAUACAACAAGGACGCGACAUCUGGCUGCGAGUAUUGCUCCAUGGACUCCGCAGACCAAUAUCUUGCCGCUCGGUGGAUCUCCUGGGAUGAGCGCUGGAGAAAUUACGGCAUCUUCUGGGCUUACUUCGUGUUCAACAUUGUUGGGGCGAUUACCCUCUAUUACCUGUUCAGGGUCAGAAAGAUCGGACUGAAAAAGACCUGAGUUUGGAGAAACUAUACCCAUAAUUUCUAAUUCUCUAUUAAUAAUAUGGCUUCUUUUGUUUUCUCUCUUCUUUGCGCGUCGUUCAUAGCGUGGUGAUUACGCAUCACAUUUCAUCUCUGCUCAUAUUGACUGACAGGGAAUUCCUAAUUCACUGACUGACCUUCUACCAUUAUCUAUGUCCAUAGACAUUAUAAAAUUUUAACCUCAA